AUGAGAUCGUCUCAAGUGUUGAUGUGGCUUUGUCUCGCCGCAUCGCAGCAUCCCCCCGCGGUACUCGGCUACGACGGCAGCAGCAGCGGUGACGCGCAGGUUCGCGAUCGUAUAUGCGACUCGGAUUCAUGUCGACAUCAUGACGGCGAGAAGGGCCAUCUGGGGCUACUGGACACGAGUGACUUCCCUCUCGCGGAUGGGAGCAUACCAGACGGGCUGGGCGAUUCCGAGGAAGUUCGCGUCCGCUACGGAACAAAUCUCAAAUCAGAAGAUGGGAUAUGGGAAGUACGGCCGUCGCCGGGCAAAGGCCUAGGCGUCUUCGCGCGGCGCAAGAUCCCCAAGCACACCAUCAUCAUCGACGAGACGCCGCUCUUCACCGUCGACCCCGGCAGUCUAGUCAGCGGGCAGGGGUUCGCGUUCGACACGAUCGCCACGGCCGUCGACGAGGCCUUCGAGCGCCUCAACGCGACGGCGCGGGCGGCGUACCUUUCGUGCCCGGAGAACCGGGACGCGGACGACGCCAAGUUCAGCCGUGAGGCGCUCAUCUUCCGGACGAACGGGUUCACGAUGGCGGGCGGGACGAUCGGGAUCUUCCCGCGGAUCGCGAAGCUGAACCACGCGUGCCGGCCCAACGCCGCGAGCGUGUCGGUCGGCGGGAGGAGGGUGAUCUGGGCCGGGCGGGACAUCGCGGCCGGUGAGGAGGUGACGGCCACGUAUGCGCCGCUCACGGAGACGACGGAGGCGAGGAGGGCGAGGCUCGCGCAGUGGGGGUUCACGUGCGACUGUCAGUCGUGCGCGGCGAGGGACGGAGGGGAGGGGGCUGCUGAGGACCUAAAGAGGGUUGAGAUGAAGAGGUUGACGGGGUUGGUGGAGCAGGAGCUCGGGAGGGAUGAGUUCGGGGGCGACGUGUUGCCCCUCGCGGAGAAGUUGGUGAAGCUUGUUGAGGAGGUCGGGCUGGUCGACUACCUCAGCAAGGCGUACAAGUAUGCGGCGUAUUCUGCGUCGCGGGCGGGGAAGUACGGGGCGGCGAGGAAGUGGGCGAAGAAGGAGUUGAAAGUUCAUGAGAUUGCCGACGCCGAGUCGGUCUACGCCAAGCAAACGAGGGAAUUCCUGGACUCACUUCCUUUGUUUUGA